GAUUAGUUGCAGUGGCGCGAAUAAACAAGCAGUUCCUCCAGUAAAUGUACGCUGCCGUGUUGCUGGUGUUUGUCUCUCCGCGAUACUUUCCUAAACUGCCCCGUUAGAGUCGCUUGACAUUUAAAAGUUCCCCGUAGAGUUGGCGUUUCGGUUAAACGGUUUUACCUCGCAAAAGAAAACUAUGUCGGACGCUUUGUCUGCUGACGGCAGCGACGUCAACCAAGAUGACACCCAGGAGGACGUUAUGACCCCGGCGGAGCUGAUCGCCAAACUGGAAGAAGCUUGGCUGAACGAGAAGUUCUCCCCGGAGCUGCUGGAGAACAAGUCUGAGGUGGUGGAGUGUGUGAUGGAGCAGCUGAGUCACAUGGAAGCCAACUUGCAGCGGGUGAAGAAAGGCGACGCAAAGGCCAGCAUCCAUCGCAUGGAAAUAGACAGGAUUCGCUUUGUUCUCAGCAGCUACCUGCGCGCUCGUCUGCAGAAGAUUGAAAAGUUUUUCCCGCAUGUCCUGGAGAGAGAAAAGUCUCGGGGUGAGGGAGAUCCGUCCCUGCUUUCACCUGAGGAGUUUGCGUUCGCCAAAGAGUACUAUGCCAACACAGAAACCUACCUGAAGGCUAUAGCACUAAAGCGCAUGCCUCCCAACCUGCAGACAGUAGAUAUGCUCAAAGCAGUCCCUGAGCCCUGCCUGGACUCCUUUGUGUUUCUACGAGUGAAGGAGAAACAGGAAAACAUCUUGGUUGAGCCUGAAACGGAUGAUCAGAGAGAGUAUGUUGUAGAUCUCGAAGAGGGCUCUCAACAUCUAAUGAGGUAUCGAACUAUAGCACCGCUUGUUUCAAUUGGAGCCGUGCAGUUGAUUUGAACGUCGAGGUCUGUCUGCUGGUGUGGAUGUUUUGGGCUCCAGGAGGUCAGAAAAUCAGCAAUGGCCUAUGUUUGUAACAUAGCUGUACAUUAACCGGCAGAAAUUACAUCUGGAUUUGCACUCAUCUUUUUCACUGUCAGGAUUACGGACUAACUCGUGGGACACAAACACAGACAUUUUUUUGCACUAUAUCUUCAAGACAUGUAACUCUUAAAUAACACCAAAUAUAAGGUUGUUUUGUUGGAGGUGCUUGGUUACGAAUGAACCCUCCUCACCUAAGCAGCGUUUUGAGUGCUGUGAUGUUAUUUUAGGAUCUUUUUAAUCCUGUCACAACUAGUCUGCUAAUUGAUUCUGUUGUUUUACCCUGAUGACUCGCAUUGUUAUUUUUUCCUCUGCUGCUCAGUAACGAGAUGCAGCCAAAGGUGAAAUGUCAUCUGUUCACUUGGCGUCAUAGUGCAUAUGGGCAUGUUUGAAAAAACAUGGUUUCCUUUGUUCAUCUUUUUUUUUAAUGACAUUCACACUUAAAUUAAUAUGAAUUACUGUCAUAAAUAAUAUUAAUCCUGUUAGUUUUCAGAUAACUUCUAUGCAUCUCUUCAUUUGAAGUUUAAAGUUUCUUUUGAGUGCAUGUGUUUUUUUUAGUUUUGCCCUAAAAGGACAUAAGGAGCGCUGUCUUCUCCGAGACAUAAUUGUGGAAAUAGCAUUAUUAUGUAAGUGUCUCAAAGGGAGCAAUCAGUGCUUAUUGUUUGCCUUCACACAAAUUGCCCAGUUUUUGAAACUAAUAAGGGACUAAGGGAGCACGAGCUUUGCAAAACUGAACGACGUGUAAACUGACUGUCGUCUUUUGAACCCCACUGCUGAUUGAGCUGAUGCAGAAUCCUUCAACCCAGUAAUAUUUGGAGAUUAGCAAUAAUAUACUGGGGGUGUUGAUGAUCUAACCAGGAAAAAAAGACGCAUGAAAAUACGGAGAAGCAUUUACAGUACUUUAAUGCUAUUCUGUUCUUUUAGACCGUGAAAAUGUUGAUUUGCGGAAAAUAAAUAUACUUGUAAAUGA